AUGCGAUUUUUCCGUGGCUUGGUUCCAUUGAUAACCAGUGCUCUCUCAAUUUUUACUUCCAACGUUGAUGCACAUUCCGAAAGACGGAGUAACAUCGGCUAUCUUUCCCUCGUCGAACAACCUACUAUCCAUACUCCAUCCCAUCGAGUAAAUGCACUGUCACAUUUCGAUAUUACGUUCGAACUCCAUAAGAGACGGCAGCGGCUAAAACUUAGCUUAGAGCCUAAUCAUGAUAUCCUUCCCGACGAUGCCCAGGUGCACUUCCUGGACCAGGCUGGAAAUAUCCAGAAAUCAGAAUUCAUAACGCGACAAGAUCACAAGGUAUUCAAAGGCUGGUCCUGGAUUCAAGUUGCUGAAGGAAACUGGGAACGGGCCGGUUGGGCUCGUAUAGUUGUCAAGGAAGAUGGCCUCAACCCUCUUUUCGAAGGAACCUUUACCGUAAACCAUGACCACCAUCACGUUCUGCUAAGAUCAAGUUAUGCCAAUUCAAAGCAUGAACUCGACAAGGAUGUGGACGACACCACCGGGGAAUACAUGAUAGUCUUUCGGGAUUCUGAUAUGGGGUUGAUCGAAGAUGAUGAUGUGACUAAACGGUCUUCUCCAGAGACCCAUUCUUGCGGAGCUGAUAAUCUGCUGUUUAACUCGGAUCCCGAUCACCCCGUCUUUCGCCGAACUGCAGAGCGGGACACUACUUCUUUGGGGUACCAUGUCGUUGGAAUCCGUCUUCGGCUUGAGCCGACGACAAUUGGACAUGCCCAGGAGGUGGGGAUGCUGGCGGGGUGA